AUAUGAAUUGUUGAUUCAGAGAGUUAGUAAGUUACAUUAGUUCACAGUAGUUGCUAGGAGUAGUCAGUCGCAACUUCAGUUGUUUCUAUAUCACCCGAGAAAACACAUUUGAACCGACGAGAGUCUAGUCGAAUAAUGAAAAUGCAAAAUAAUGUGCGUGAUGAGUGCAAAGUAAACAUCGAAAAUGGCCUGCUUUUAUAUCACCAUCCGUAUUCAUAUUAUUCACAGAAGGUGUUGAUGGCACUACAUGAAAAAGAAAUACCAUUCGAAGAAUACAUCAUUAAUCUUGUCAAAAAUGAACAAUAUGAGCAAUGGUUCCUUGAUUUAAAUCCACGAGGUGAAUUUCCGGUGCUGGACGCAUCCGGACUGAUAAUUCCUUCGUCGAGUAAAAUUCUAACGUACCUCGAGGAUCAUUAUCAACAUGACGAAUCGAUUAAUCAAUUAAUCCCGACCGAUCAUGGUAACAAGAUUCAUCAAAAAGUAACGUAUUUUAGGUAUCAACUCGACCAAAUACAAUCUGGGAUUAUUACGCUUGGAUCAUUCUUUCAUGAAGAAUAUGUUGGAAGGCCAAAGAUUCCUUUUAUUAAACCAGUUAGAACUGCCAUGAAAAAUGCUGAAAAUAAUAGAGUUGAAUUUUUAACUGAACAAAUGGAAUAUAAUCCACGAUACAGGCAUGUUUUUCAACAGAAAAUUAACAAUUCUAAGCGGAGACAUGAAAUUAUAACUUCAAAAAAUGAAUUUCUACAACAGUUGGAUCUUGUUGAUAGUGUUUUGGAUAAAGUUGAAGAUGAAUUAGCAUCACAUCCAAAAACAACAGAUGAGGAAAGUUGGUUAUGUUGUGAAGCAUUUACAGCUGCAGAUAUAAGUUUGACAGUUCUACUAGAGCGUUUGAAUGUUCUUGGUUUAGAAAAUCAUUUCUGGGGUGACGGUAAACGUCCACAUGUCGAAGAAUUCUAUAAAAAGGUUCAAUCACGUUCGUCUUAUAAGAAAACAAUGCCCAAUGUCAAAAUUCACUUGAGACUUAUAACACAAGGUCACAAACGUUGCACAAUCGCAGCUUCAGUGCUAACGUCUAGUUUAUUCGUCGUUGGAGGUUUUCUUCUUGUAAGAAAACUUUUGCGUUAAAAAACAGCGAAUCACAACAAUUCCAAUAGUAUUACUCCUAUUAGUUUUAAAGAAUGUUAAGGAAACAAGAUAAGAGUAGUCAUAAUGUGAUAUAUUAUUCAUCUGUAUUAAUGUAGUAACAAAAAACAAUAAAAAAUAAAAAAGUAAGUUUAACAAUC